CGCCCCCGAUCGCUUCGCUCGCUCACUCACGGAAGCCAAACACUUUGCCUCCGGCCGGCCGCCAGGUUACCUUCGGCUUGGCCAGUUCCUCCCGCAGGCCAAGAGCAAGAAACCCCGCAGCAAUGCCUCACCACCACGGCGCACUCCCCGACGAGGAGGCCCCGUCGCCGCGGCCCUCCGCCGCCGGCUGCUACACCUUCCUCCGCUCCGCCGCAUCCCGCCGCGGCCACGGCCACGGAUACCGGCGCCUCGAGUCGGCGUCCGUCGGCGUCGACGUCGUGAGGGUGGAGGUGGGCACGACGGCGAAGGCGAGGGGCGUGUUCCACGUGGACCCGGCGGUGCUGGAGGCCGAGCCUGUGCGAAGGUUGGUGGCCGCGGCGGGGCGGCGGACCGCGGGUGGCGCGGUGGCGGUGGCCGUGGACGCGCUGCUGUUCGAGCACCUGCUCUGGCUGGCCGCCACCGACGGCGCGGCCGCCGACGACCUGUCCGAGAUCGUCGAGUUCUACUCGGAGGAGGAGGACGAGGGCCAGCACAAAGGCCACGGGAUCAAGCUCAAGCGCUAGUUAAGCUUCUUCAAGCUAAAAUCGAUUCGUCUAGCGAUGAUUCUCAUCGUAUUACGGACGAACGUGUACACCAUAGCAUAUGUACUACUACUCCGUGUAGUAAUUCGAUCAUCCACUAGUACGUACACUAAUUAAGCUGCUAGCCAGGGAUGCAUGGUCCACACAUGUGUCUGUGGAUCGAUUCAACUGGAUCAUGCAGGUUCAUAGCGCGAAAGAGCGUGGAACCUGGUUAAUUUCUUUAUCAUGUAAGCUUAUUAAUAAGGUUAUAAAUAUGUGAUGAUGGAAGAAA